AUGGCUGAGAACAACGGCACACCACCUGCUGAUCAGCAGGAGCAGCCACAACAGAGCGAGCAUCUCAACAUCAAGGUCACCGAUGGCAACAACGAGGUCUUCUUCAAGAUCAAGCGCACCACGCAACUCAAGAAGCUCAUGGAUGCUUUCUGCGAACGCCAAGGCAAGAGCCCGCAAAGCGUACGGUUCCUGUUUGACGGACAGCGCGUAAAUCCCACCGACUCGCCAGACAUUCUUGACAUGGUUGACGGCGACUCGCUCGAAGUCCAUCAGGAACAGAUUGGUGGCUGGUGA